CGGCCGCCAAAGAUCUUAUUUCGCGGAAGAGCAUGAAGCGCCUCUUCAAGCUUCCGUCCAAGUACCAUGGCGUCGGGCCCGUGACCUUUGCGUGGCAGCCCAAGGGCAACUUCCUGGCGACGGCAGGCAAGAACGGCUUGGUGCACAUCAUUGACCGACAAGGCGUCCAGUACGAUGAGAUCGGCCUCGAUAUGUCGACGCCGGUCGUUGCGCUCGAGUGGGACCGCGACGGCAACACGCUUGCGAUCCUCCAGUCGGGCAAUGGCCUCAUCCCGCUCUGGGACCUCUCGACGCGCUCGACGUCCAACAUUGACACCAACAUGAAGGACCCGUCGUUCAUCAAGUGGUCGUCGUCCGGCAUCCAGCUCGCAAUCGGGACGGCGAAAGGCAACCUCGUGCUCUACAACAAGUCGACGCGCAAGCUCGUCCCGAUCCUCGGCAAACACUCCAAGAAGAUCACCUGCGGCGUCUGGAACAGCGAGGACCUCCUCGUGCUUGGCGCCGAAGACAAGAUGGUGACGAUUAGCAACGCUGCUGGCGACACGGUCCAGCAGCGCGAGCUCAAGUACGCACCCGUCGAAUGCAAGUUUGGCCGGCAGAAAGGCGACCCUGGCGGCGCCAAGGCGCCCGAGAACAUCGUAGCAAUCAACGUCUCCAAGUCGCUCAUUCUGCUCAACCUCAACGACCCGGACAACCCGAUCGAGCUCACGUUCCAGAGUCACUAUGGCACGAUCAAGUCGUUCGACUGGUUCAGCGGCGGCUACCUCAUGCUCGCCUUCUCGGAAGGCUUUGUCAUUUGCAUUUCGACGCAGAUCGAAGAGAUCGGCGAAGAGCUCUUCUCGGGCCGCUUCUUCUCGGAGCGCACGUACGCCGUGUGCUACUCGGCGGCGCUCAACCGCGUCGCGAUGAGCGGCGAGUCGGGCAUCAAAGUCAUCGACCUCGGCAACUACACCGAGAUCAAGGGCGACGCUGUCAAGCUCUCGGACGCCGAGGACAACGAGGCCAACCUCAUGAGCUUUACAUCGGACGGCCAGAUCCUCACGGUGGCAACCCAAGGCGGCAUCGUGCAGACGUUCCUCGCGCGGAUCGUCAACAUCUUUGACCACGUCGGCAACUACGUCGUCUACCUGAGCUCGCUGCGGGAGCUCACGAUCAUCGACACGCUUGGGCGCGCGAGUCCGAUCAACAUCCAAGUGUCCAUCGAGCCUUCGUUCAUUGCGAUUGGACCGCGCCACGUCGCUGUCGGCAUGAACAACCGCGUGUACUUUUACCGCUGCGACGGCUCGAGCCGCGAUGCGCUCGUCAACGAGCAGCAGUACCUCGGGCGCGUCACGAGCGUCAAGCUCAACCGCGAGUACGCGGCCGUGCUCAGCGAUGGCAAAGUGCUGUUGCACCCGAUCGAGCCCACGUCGUCCCACGGCGCCGAGCAGUCCAAGACGUUUCCCGAGACGCACGGACGCGACGAGUCGCUCCAAGAGAUCAGCUCGAUCGCGCUCACAAAGGACUUUUUCAUCUUUGCGACCGCGAAUGGCAACGGCACGAUCCAGUUCUUCUACCUCCAAGAGUGGAAGCUGCUCGAGGGCUGCUGCUACAGGCACGACGAAGGCAUUGGCAUCGUGCACAUUGCACCCAACACGCCCGGCACCAAGAUCGUCUUCAUGGACUCGCGCCGCCGCGGCUACAUGCUCAACGCGACCAACCGCGAGGCGAUCUCGAUCCCGAGCAUGCCGAGCGCCACGAGUGCGAUUCUCUGGGACACGAUGGAUCCGACCGUGUUUGUCGCAGUCGAAACUAGCGACUUCUCCGUCUUCAUGCACUCGGAGCUCACGGUCAACGGCCCGGAAGUCACGCAGCUCGGCACGAUGGACAUUGACAACAACGGCGAGUAUGUCAUGUCGCCAGCGACGACCAAGAUUCCGUCGGGGCAUGCAGCGAUCCUCUUUUGCGACGGGAACCUCACGUGCCAGCAGCCGGGUGGACAGCUCAUGACGGUCGUGGCGGGCACCCACGACGCCCUCCAAAAGGGCACGGUGCGCGACUCGGACAAGGCCAUUUUCAAGCAAACGCUUGCCUUGUGCCGCAUGACCAACGCAUGGAAGGCAGCGGUGGCGAUCGAAAGCCGCGAGUACUGGCUCGCCCUCGCCAGCCGAGCGAUGCAUACGCUGGAUAUUUCGCUCUCCAAACGCGUGUACCGGCAGCUGGGCGACGCCGGCAUGGUCCUCGGGCUCGAUCGCAUCGAGCAUGUCGAAGACAAGAACCUCCUCGCCGGCCACGUGUCGAUGCUAUUUGGCCAGUAUGAUCAAGCUCAAAAACUGUUUUUGGCGUCCUGCGACCCGAUGGCCGCCCUCUCGAUGCAGCGCUACUUGCUGCAGUGGGACCAAGCGCUCUUGCUCGCCGACUCGCUCGCAGUGCACCUCGUGCCCGAGCUCAGUGCGUCGUACGCUGCGCAGCUCGAGUUCAAGGGGGACUUUGACGGCGCGCUCAAAAUGUACGAGCACGCGUGCAAUGCGAUGGACCCGCUCGGAACGCCCGUCGUCGCUUCCGAGAAGAUCCAGGCCCAGUGCAUGGCCGGCCUUGCGCGCUGCACGUUGCGGCUCGGCGACCUCCGCCGCGGCAUCCGGCUCAUCUCGGACCUCAACGACGUGGUGCUGAGCAACGAAGGCGCGCUCAUCCUCGAGGGCCUCAAGCAGUUCUCGGACGCGGCCGCCUUGUACGAGAAGGGCCAGCAGUUUGAGAAGGCAGCGCAGAUUUACAUUCAGAUGAAGCAGCUCGGCAAGGCCGCCCCGCUCAUGGCCAAGGUCACAGUACCCAAAGUCCACGCGCAGUUUGCCAAGGCGAAAGAAGCGGUGGGCGAGUUCAGUGCUGCGUCCGACGCAUACGAAGCCGCGAACGACAUGGACAACGUGGUGCGCAUCCAGCUGGAGCACUUGAACAGCCCCGAGCGGGCGUUUGCGAUUGUGAAAGCGACCAAGUCCUCGGAAGGCGCGUCGGUGGUCGCCAAGCACUGCGUCGACACGGGCAACUACGCGGCCGCGAUCGACUUUCUCCUCAUGGCCAACCGCGAAGAAGAGGCGUUCCAGCUUGCGCAGCAGCACAACGAGAUCGACGCGUUCACUCAAAUCAUCGGAGAGGCCAUCUCGGCGGAUCGCGCGCUCAAGAUUGCGCAGCACUACGAGCAGACGCAGGCGUACGCGAGGGCGGGCGAGUACUACCAAGUGUGCGGCAACUACCACAAGGCCCUUCGGCUCUUCCUCCAGUGCGGCGAGUCAGAGCUUGGCAAAGCCAUCGACGUCGUCGGGAAGGCGCGCAACGACAUGCUCACGCAUACGCUCAUCGACUUCCUCAUGGGCGACACGGACGGGAUCCCCAAGGACCCGAACUACAUCUUUCGUCUGUACAUGGCCCUCGGCAACUACGCGCAAGCGGCGAAAACCGCCAUCAUCAUUGCGCGCCAAGAGCAAGAGCUCGGCAACUACAAGGUCGCCCACGAUGUGCUCGUGGAGACGCACCGGCAGCUGCUCUUGCACAAGAUCCACGUCAACCAAGAUUUGCGCAACUCGCUCACGCUGCUCCACAGCUACGUUGUCGUCAAGAAGCUCGUCAAGCGCGGCGACCACGUCGCCGCCGCCAAGAUGCUUCUCCGCGUAGCGAAGAGCAUCUCCAAGUUCCCAACCCACGUGUCCAACAUUUUGAUCUCGGUCGUCAUCGAGUGCCAGCGCGCGGGCCUCAAGGGCAGCAGCUACGAGUACGCGACGAUGCUCAUGCGCCCCGAGCACCGCAAUUCGAUCGAGAAGGAGAUCAAGCGCAAGAUCGAGGCCAUCGUGCGUCGGCCCAACAAGGAGCAGCCGCCGGACAACGCGACGCCGUGCCCCUUUUGCGCGCACCCGGUCAUUGACGUCGAUCUGGACUGCAGCCAGUGCAAGAACUGGAUCCCGUACUGCGCCGUGACGGGCUACCACAUGGUCAAGGCCGACUGGAGCGUGUGUCCCCACUGCCAGUUCCCCGCCCUCUACUCGCACUUUACAGCGCACCUCCAAGCCGAGCCGGCGUGCCCGAUGUGCGACAAAGAGCUCCAGCCCGACGACAUCCACCGAGUCCAAGAGAACGACGUCAAGCUCUCGACGAUCGAACUGCAAGCGCCCGAGCCGACGACCGACAAGAAGGUCGCAAAGGACACCAAGCAAGGCGACCUCUUUGCCUAGUCCUGUGCAUCCAAUCUACAUCCCAUUUGGCAUCACACAGCGUAUGGUUUUCGCACUGUAGGACAACCUGUGCACAAAAGGUCGCGGUGGAACGAUCUAUCUAUCUAUAUAUCUAUCUAUCUAUCUAUCUAUCUAUC